UUGCAUUAGCCAGCAGAUUAUCAUUCUAUUAGCCAACAGAUUAUCAUUGAACUUGCUAUGUAUACUUCUCCAUUUUUAUUCACUUACUAGGCUACAUCUUUGAUUUUAAAUUUGAUAGAGGAAUUGAUAAUUUAAGCUCUGUGAUUCGUGGGUUAAAUUUUAUUUGUGAUAGAAAGGGAUUUUAGUUGGAAGAAAUAGACAAAUAUUUGUCCUUGAUGGAGAGAUUUUGUGGCUGAGAAAGUUACGACUGCGGAACUUAAGUAAUUGAUAGUAGAUUGCAGUAAAUUAUUACUCGCAGUGGAGCCAUGGAAGUUAUGUGCAGAGCUGCAAGUUUUCCGAAUUAUCCACUUAAAAAGGUGCAUUUCCCUUCUCAAAGGAGCAGUGGCGCCAAUGCAUGCAGGCAAAGUCGACGAGGCACAAGGAAGGGGCCUCUGCGAGUGGUGGCGAAGGAAGCGACCAUGGCCCCAUCGCCCCCGAAGGAAGGAAACGAAAAUGCUAUGUACGACUGCGUGGUGGUGGGCGGCGGCAUUUCUGGACUCACCACUGCUCACGCCCUUACCUCUAAACACUCUUCUCUCGUCAAGCAAUUGCUGGUUACAGAGGCCACUGACCGUGUGGGCGGCAAUAUCAUCACAGUGGAGAAGGAUGGAUACCUUUGGGAGGAAGGCCCCAACAGCUUCCAGCCCUCUGAUUCCAUGCUUACCUUAUUGGUUGACAUUGGAUUAAAAGACGAACUUGUCUUAGGGGAUCCAAAUUCACCUCGUUUUGUACUUUGGAAAGGCGAGUUGAGGCCAGUUCCUUCAGGUCCAACAGAUAUAUUAUUUUUUGACCUAAUGAGCUUUGGUGGGAAGCUACGAGCAGCUUUUGGUGCUGUAGGAUUACGCCCUCCUCCACCUGGAAGGGAGGAGUCAGUUGAGGAAUUUGUGCGUCGAAAUCUUGGUGAUGAGGUUUUUGAACGUUUGAUAGAACCUUUUUGUUCAGGAGUAUAUGCUGGAGAUCCUGCCAAAUUGAGCAUGAAGGCAGCCUUUGGAAAGGUUUGUAGGUUAGAAGAAAAGGGUGGGAGUAUCAUUGGGGGAGCCAUUAAAACAAUUCAAGAGAGCAAAAAUAGUCCAAGGCCACCACGUGAUCCGCGUUUGCCAAAGCCAAAGGGUCAAACGGUGGGGUCAUUUAAGAAAGGACUGACAACAAUACCAAAUGCAAUUGCUAAUAGACUGGGUGAUAAAAUUAAACUAGGUUGGAAGCUUUUGGCAAUCAAAAAAAAUUCUAGCGGUGGAUAUGCCUUGACUUAUGAGAUUCCAGAUGGCUCCAUUUCUAUACAAACAAAGACGGUUGUCCUCACUGUGCCAUCAUAUGUUGCCAGCAAUAUUUUGCGACCACUUUCUGUAACUGCUGCGGAUGCUCUCUCACAGUUUUACUAUCCACCAGUGGCUGCAGUUUCAAUCUCCUACCCUAAGUCUGCAAUUAGAAAUAAAUGCCUGAUCAAUGGGGAGCUGAAAGGAUUCGGGCAGCUGCACCCCCGCAGCCAAGGCAUUGAGACACUAGGAACAAUAUAUAGUUCUUCACUCUUUCCUGGUCGUGCUCCUCCAGAUAGGGUGCUUCUUCUUAACUUCAUUGGAGGUGCAACUAAUCCUGAUAUUGCAGAAAGGAGCCAAAGUGCAAUUGUGAGUGCUGUUGACAGAGACCUGAGAAAAAUGCUUAUCAGAGAAGAUGCAGCAGCACCUAUGACUCUUGGUGUGCGGGUGUGGCCACAAGCCAUCCCUCAAUUUUUGGUAGGCCAUCUUGAUCUUUUAGAGACCGCACAAGGUGACUUGCGUGAUUGUGGGUUAGAAGGUUUGUUUUUGGGAGGUAACUAUGUUGUUGGAGUAGCAUUGGGUCGCUGUGUUGAAGGAGCUUAUGAAAGUGCUGAAGAAAUAUCUCAAUUUCUUAUUAAAUCUUUUAGCAAGUGAUGCCAUCAUGCUAUUAUCUUGCAAAUUCUCACAGUUAUGUAUUCUUUGACCCUCAAAUUGUUGUGCACACAAACUUUCUGUAUAAAGCAAAAAGAGUUUAUUUGAGGAAACUGUUUGUUGGCCAUCAUUGUUAGAUCAAUUCCAGAAGUUACUGAUCUGAAUAAAAAAUUUGUAUUUCAUGCAAUGAAACUAUAAAUGCAAGUGGAGGUUAUAUUAGAUUAUAGAGUGAAAAGGUUAUUAGGCCACAAAUUUGUGUUGUGGAUGGGAUGUUCUCGCUGAUGGAGGCAAGAGGUUUGUAGUAAGAUCAUUGUAAGCUUGUGGACGAUUUUUCAGCAAUAUCCAUCUAUGAGAGCAUCUUACAAGAUUCCGCUUUUA